GAUGGUUUAUAUUGGGAGAAGGAGAAGAGAACCUACGGCCUCUUCCCAGAACCAAGCACUUCCUCUUGCCAGAUCCAAGCACAUCCUUUUCCUCUCUCUUCUCUUCCUUUCUCUCAGACGGCAGAACCCUUCGUCCAAAAUCUUCGUCGGCCGAACCCUUCGUUCUUAGAUCUCUUCCUCUCUCUCAGAUUUGAGAAUCACCGUCUGCCAGUACCCUUCCUCUCUCUAAGAUCGGCGUGUCGGACGGAGUCACUGAGCUCGGCCUCUACCCACUUUUCGGCGUCGAACCAGUGACCUUCUUUGAGUAAUUUGCAGUCUUGAUGCGGGAUGGAGGAGGACAAAAAGUGAGGUACUGACUAUCUUUGAGUAAUUUGCAGUCUUGAUGCGGGAUGGAGGAGGACAAAAAGUGAGGUUGAAAAAAUUUUGAACUUUCAGCACAGGGGCCUGACUGGAGGGCCUGACGAGUGACGACGAAGGUGAUGCAUUUGUGGAAGGGUAACUGAGAGUGGUUGACCAUCCUUUCUCUGUUCAUGCCUUUUGGCAUAUUGAUAAUUACCAUUUCUUUUCUUUUUUCUGGGUUUUGGUGAAAAGCUUUCUCGAUUCUUUCUGGGGUUGUCGUUCUACUUCAGUGAUUCAUUUGAGUACCGAUCCGUAUUUACUGCAAUGUCCCACUCCCAACUCUGUUUCUGGUCUGGUAUCUACAUUGAUAUUGUGGAAUAAGAGGCCUGUCGGCCUAGUUUUUAUGUUUCUCUUUGGUUUCCAACUUCAUCCUAUUGACUAUUUGCACCAUCCUCCAGUCCAUCAAUGUCCUAAGGAGAGGUACUCGAAUUUGUUUCUUUGUUUUUUCCCCUGCUUUAUUGCCAUCGCAGUUUCAACUUCUAUAUCUUCCCUUGUUUUCAUCAGUUUGAUUGAGUUUAAAGAUAAUAAAAAAAAAUUCCCUAAAAAAUAUUAAGAAGCUGGUGACGCAUCGUGGCAAACAAGAAUGGAGAUUGUUAUUGCUAUCGCAUCGAAAAUUGCAGAGUACACUGUUGGACCAAUUGGACAGUGGCUAUGUUAUUCAUGUCACUACAAGAGCAACAUGGAGAAUCUGAAGAAUCAGGCAACGACAUUGCGCGAUGCUAAGAGCAGGGUUCAACACGAGGUUGAAGCUGCUUCAAAUAACGGCAAUGAAAUUCACGAUGAUGUAAAAAGGUGGUUGACAAAGGUGGAUGGCAUUUUACAUCAAUUGACCAUCGAGAAACUUGAUGGAGGUGAUGAAGAAGCGGAAUCGAGGAACUCUAAUGCGUCAUGCCUGAACUUGAAGCAACGACAUCAGAUAAGCUGGAAAGCAAAGAAGUUGGUAGGUAAUAUUGCUGAACUUCUUAAUGAUGGAAAUUUCAAAAAUGUUGGCUAUUGUCCUCCUAUGCCAAACAUGGUACCUGUGCGGAACGUGGAUUACAUGACCUUGGGUUCAAGGAUGUCCGUUAUGAAGAGAGUUAAGGAGGCAUUGGGAGAUGCUAAUAUCAACAAGGUCGGCGUGUCAGGGUUGGCUGGAGUUGGAAAGAGUACAUUGAUGGAAGAAAUUUGCAGGCAAGUCAAGGAAAAAAGGUUAUUCGAUGAGGUGGCUCUGGCAAAAGUGACAAACAGCCCCAACCUAUGUCGAAUUCAAGGAGAUAUUGCAGGCAUGCUAGGUCUAAAGCUUGAUCCUCAUAUAACUGAAAUAGAAAGAAAAGCCUAUCUACGGGCGAGGUUAGAAAAAGAUAAGGAGAAGAAGAUACUUGUUAUCUUGGAUGAUAUAUGGAAGCGACUUGAUUUGGAGGAAAUAGGAAUUACUCCUUCCGAAAGAUGCAAAGUACUACUCACAUCUAGAGAGCGACGGGUUCUAGCUUAUGAUAUGGGAAUCAAAGAGAACACCUUUGAACUCGACAUUUUAGGAGAACAAGAAGCAUGGAUCUUAUUUGAAAAGAUGGUGGGUGAUACUGUCAAAGGUGAUCUUGUAUUGCGAAAUGAAGCAAUUAAGGUAGCUAAAGAGUGUGCGGGCCUUCCUAUUGCACUUGUAACAGUUUCUAGGGCAUUAAAAGGUCAGAAGAGUUUGAAAAUUUGGAAGGAUGCUUUGGUGAAGCUAAGACGGCCCAAUCCAGAACAUGAUGAAGACAUAUGGGCACCCGUAUAUUCUUGUAUACAGCUGAGUUAUAUACAUCUUGGUAAAGAGGUCAAAUCCCUCUUUUUGCUUUGUGCUCUACAAGAUUACUACAUUUCCUAUAAGGACUUGUUGAGGUAUGGUUUCGGUCUGUGUUUAUUCCAUGGUAUCCUUACAUUGGAAGAAGCAAGAGAUAGACUAGAGAAUUUGGUUAGUAAACUCCAAGAUUCUUGUUUGCUACAAAAAAGUCCAUGUGACUCCGGGGAAUUUUACAUGCAUGACAUUGUUCGUCAUGUCGCUAAAAUAAUUGCGUCAAAUGAUCAUAAUAUGUUUGUCAUGAUAGGCAAUGGUGAGCAAAAAGCAUGGCCAGAUGAGGAUGCACCGAAAAGAUGCGAGGCGCUCUCUAUUUGUGGUGGAGAUCCUAUCCAUAAAUAUCCCAAUAUAAAAGAAUUUCCUAAAUUAAGAUACUUUCAUGUCCGGGGUAACAAUCAUCUUUUGGAAAGCCCAGACAUUUUCUUCGAAGGGAUGGACAUGCUUGAAGUUCUGAGUUUGACAAAUAUGCAACUAUUAUCACUUUUUCCACUUGCAAACCUACGAACAUUGUGUCUAGAUCAAUGUACAUUGGGGGAUAUUCAUGGGAUUGGAAAACUCGAGACUUUAGUAAUUCUUAGUCUUGCAGGUUCUGACAUCUCAAAUUUGCCAAGAGAAAUACAGUCGUUGACUCGUUUGCGGUUAUUGGAUUUGAGCAAUUGUUACAAACUUAGAGUGAUUCCUCCUAAUGUCUUGUCAAGCUUGGUCAACUUAGAAGAGUUGUAUAUGCAAGAAAUUGAUGUCGAAUGGGAGGUUGAACGACCCAACCAUGAAGAAAAAAAUGCUAGCCUUGUAGAGCUGAAGCAAUUGUCACAAUUGACCUCCUUAGAGAUAGAUAUUCCAGAUGCCAACAAUCUACUGAAAGAUUUGUUUUUUGAAAAACUUGAGAGAUACAAGAUAUGCAUUGGAGAUAUCGUUUCAUGGGAAACAUUUAACGGGGCUGCCUUCUCAAGAAUGUUAGGACUCAAACUGAAUGGAAGCUUCCAAUUGGACUUUGGGAUCAAAAUGCUACUGAAGAGAACGGAAUUUCUUUAUUUAGACGAGGAGAACAGUUCUAAGAGUGUCUUAUAUGAAGUAGAUAGAGAAGAUUAUCAACAAUUGAAGCAUCUCCAUAUCCAAAACAAUGGUAAUAUUAAGCAUAUCCUUGAGUCGGGGACAUCGGUUGUUGCCUUUCCUAUCCUGGACACAUUUGUUUUGAAAAAUAUGUUCAGCUUGGAAGAAAUUUGUCAGGACAAACUUCCAUCGGAAUCCUUCAAAAACUUGAAAGUUUUAAAUGUGGAUAACUGUGAAAAAUUAAUAUUUAUCUUCCCAUCAUCGAUAGCCAGAGGCCUUUCACUACUUGAAGAAUUGAAGAUAACAAGAUGCAACAACUUGGGUGCAAUAUUCGUGAAAGAAGAAGAAGACGGAAUAGAAGAUCAGGGAGAUAUGAUGUUGUUCGGUCGACUUCAAACCUUGGUGCUAGAGGGUCUUCCAAAGCUCGUGGGUUUCUUAAGCACAAAAGAUUCAAUCAUGGCUGAUUGUAGAGAAACCAAUUCAGAGGGCAACCAUGAUCUUCAGUUGCCACUUCUACAUCAUGAUCAGGGCAAACUUCCAUUGAUAUACUUCAAAAACUUGAAAGUUUUACGGGUAGAGAACUGUCAGAAAUUAAGAUUUCUCUUCUCAUCAUCCAUAGCCAGAGGCCUUUCACUACUUGAACAAUUGAAAAUAAAAGGAUGCAACAACAUGGGUGCAAUAGUUGUGACAGAAGAAAAAGACGGAAUAGAAGAUCAGGGAGAUAUGAUGUUGUUCGGUCGACUUCAAACCUUGGAGCUAAGGGAUCUUCCAAAGCUCGUGGGCUUCCUAAGCACAAAAGAUUCAUUCAUGCCUGAUUGUAGAGAAACCAAUUCAGAGGGCAACCAUGAUCUUCAGUUGCCACUUCUACAUCAUGAUCAGGUUUCAUUUCCAAGCUUGCAAACACUGCGUAUGUGGGGUCUACCCAAAAUAAAAUACGCAUGGAGCUGUGGUCAAGAACCCAAAACAGUUUUCAGAUGUCUCGAGCAAUUGCAAGUACUUGAGAUUAUUGAUUGUGGGGUGGAGGAAAUUGUUGCAGUUGAAAAAGGAGGAGAAGCAGUAGCAAUUAGGACUUUGGUGUUCCCUCAAGUGACCCAGUUGAAGUUUAGCGAUUUACCGAGACUCAAGUGGUUUUGCCAAGGAGUGUAUGUUACAAAAUGGCCGAUGCUGAAAAAGAUGAAAAUUGAAAGAUGCGACGAAGUGGAGAUUUUUGCUUCAGAAGUUGUGAGUUUUGAAAAAACAAUUAAAGAUCAGAGGCAGUCUGAGAUGUCCAAUAUUAAACAAUCCCUUUUCUCGGUGGAUGAGCACUCAUUCCCCAGCUUGGAGACACUGGAAUUUUGGAACAUGGGUUCGUUAGAAAUUAUAUUUGGAAAGCUGGAGGGGCAAAAUGGUAAAGAACCACAAGUUUUAAUAUCCCCAGCAUCAGGGACAGAAGAAAGUGGAGCAACCACACACUUUGCGUCGACCCUCUCGUUUCCGAGCUUGAAGAAGUUGUACAUUUCGAGGAUGGAUAAGUUGGAAAUUAUAUGGCAGGAUCAAGUCGCCGCGACUUCUUUUCCCAAUAUUCAAGAAUUGUCAAUUGAUUUUUGUCACAAGUUGUUGCACGUCUUUCAAUCUAAUUUGCAUGCAACAACAACAACAUUGAUGCAAAGUCUGACUCGUCUAAAUAUAACAUACUGCAGUUCAUUAGAAAGUAUAUUUGGAAAUAUGGAGGGGCAAAAUGGUAAAGAAUCACAAGUUUUAAUGGCUCCAAGUUCAGGUACAGAAGACGGAAUAGCCGGACAUAUUGAAUUCCCCAUACUAACUCUAUUGUCACUAUUUGAAUUGCCAAAACUCAAGUGGAUUUUUGAAGGAGUGCAUACUAAUUUGGAAUCAUGGCCUUCAUUGAAACACUUAUCCCUGUGGGAAUGUGGUGAACAAGUGAACAAAAUGAUUUGGGGUUCAAAAUUUGCAAGCAGCAGUAGUAGUCAAGAGAACCAACUCCCGACUUGCAUUCAACAACCCAUGUUCGUCGUUGAGGAGGGUACGUUCCCCAACUUGGAGCAUUUGUUAUUGAACUUCAGUGGAAAUUUUUCAGAUUUUCCCAAUCCAUCUUCUCUUCUAACAGGACUGCCAAAUCUGUUGGAACUUAAAGUAUACAAUAGUGUCUGGGAGGAAAUAUUCCCUUAUGAACUUGUUGAUCGAGAAAUACGAUUAAGAAGACUAACGGUCUGUCUUCUAAUUAUGGUUACACAUUUGUGGAAAGAAGACAAUACCCAGCCAUGCCAACUUUUUCAUAAUAUGGAAUACCUUAAUGUGUCACAAUGCGGCAAAUUGAAAAACAUAGUGCCAUCAUCUGUUUCUCUUCACAAUUUGACAGGAUUGGAAAUAUCAAGUUGUCACGGAUUGAUCAAUUUAUUAACAUCCUCAACUGCCAAAACUCUGGUGCAACUCAAAAGAAUGACUGUGAUUGAUUGCAAAAGGAUUACAGAAAUUGUAGCAAUGGAGGAUGGUGAAGCAAAUGUGGCGAUUAUUUUCAACAAGUUAACAGUCUUAACACUUGAUGGCUUACCAAACCUCACACACUUUGGGUUCCCUUAUUCCUUUGGGUUCCCAUCUUUGUAUAAAGUAAUUGUGAGAUGUUGUCCUGAGAUGAAGACUUUCAGUCACGGAGUCUUGAGUACACCAAAGCUAACAGCAGUAUGUUAUGAUGACAGAUGGAAUUCGAAGCAGAAUUUGUAUUGCGAGGAUGACCUUAAUACCACCACACGUUGUCUUUGGGAGGAGGCAAAUCAAUAUGAUACUCGAUUGUUAUUCAGAGAAAGGGUUGAGAAUUCUGAAGAAGAUGAAGAUCAUCCUUCAGAAGAUGAAGAUCAUCCUUGAGAAGAUGAAGAUCAUUCUGAGAAUUCUGAGGAAGAUGAAGAUUAUCCUUCAGAAUAUGAAGAUUAUUCUGAGACUACUGAAGAAUGGUGAUGUUUCUUUCUUUUGAUGAAGUUAGUGCGAGCAGAGGACCCUUCAUUCCCAUUAAUGUUUAAUUAUGGUUUGCUUGUUUUAUUAUGUCUUCUUUAUUUUUAAAUCUCUCUUAUAUGUACGAGAGAAUACCAAAUAAAAAAAGUUUAACAAUGUAUUGAUUUGAUAUAACUCCUCAUGAAGUACUGUAGUUAACAACUCCGAUGUUGCCAACAAAUAAACUUGAAUUAUAAUCUUAAUUUGACUAUUUGAUCUC